GGAACAGCUUGUUGCGUGACGUUAAGGUGAAGUUGAAGAUAUAUAAACAACUGAAUAACUCUCCCUUGUUACAAUUUCUUUAUUUUAGCAAAGAAACGCUAUCAAUCAAAACUACAAAAUGAAAUUAAUGGUUGCGUUCUGUGCUGUGACGGCUUUAGCUAUUGUAUAUGCUGAAACAUGCAAUCACCACAGCGACUGUCAUGAUAGACAACCUGCAAUUACCACAUGCAGCCAUCAUACACACGUAGCUUGUGACGGCGGGUGGUGUGAGUGCACCACGGGUCCACUUACAGAUCACGCCUGUAACGCAUUGUCGGAUUGCAGUGAUGUGCAGUGUCCCCACAACGGCAAUGUUCACUGUGUGGAUGGCAAUUGUCAAUGUACAGACCCUCAUGGACAUGGACCACCACCAUAGAUUAUUUGUUUUCAAAAGGACAAAAUAUUAAAAGAAUUGAAAAUAGAA